AUCAUUAAACUUGAUCAUUUGACGUCAAUCUAUACUAUCAUUUCGGACUUACUAGUAUUUAUAUUUCGAGUUAGAUUCAGUGGGCUUGAUUUGCGUAUGGUUGUGAAGAAACUUUUAAAGAAACUAAGCUCAUUUUAAAAAGCAAUAACUUUACAGGAUGUCUACCAUGGAAUCGUUUCUUAUUACAUUUACAUGCUUAACAAUGAUUUUGCAAUCGGUUGCCCAGUCAGUACAACCUAGACAGCCAGGACAGCCGGGACAGCCAGUACAACCAGGACCAAGACAAGCAUUUCCUAUGAACACCAGACAAAAUCAAGGCAGAGUCCAAGCUCAGAACGUGCCUCAAUCGACACUACCUGGUAACCCAGUCAACCAACAGGGAAACAUUCUUCGUCAGGCUGACUCAUGCGUGAUGGAAGUUAUUUCGAUUAGUUCAAAUUGUUUCCAGAAUGCUGGAUACCAGUUACAACUUGUCGAUGCUGUUAUUUCUAACGGAACUAUUACACCACUGCCACCAAACGCCAACCUACUAGAUCUUAGACGCGCCCUCUGCAACAUCCGACCUCAAGUGAUACAGUGCAUUAUUCCCGCCACAUUAAACAAGAGAGGAGCUGGAUCUUGUACAGAUCCUCUGGAAUUUAACUUUGCAGAAAACCAGGUUGUACGAAGAUUGUCCUCCCUUCAGGAUAUGUGUGGAGCAGGUACAUCUAAUACUAACUCAGGUAAUUUACCAACAUCAAGACCAUGUAUCCAAACAGCCAAUAGAGACUUACAAGGUUGCUAUGGGAAAAUUGGAUUGACAGCAGAUAUGUUUAUUUCUAAUGAAACUGAAAUUAAAGGUGCUAUUAUCGGAAAGGAUAACCCAGCUGCAUCGAAAUUUUGCGGACUUCGUGGUAAACUGUUUGGAUGUAUGAGAGACGUUUUGGAUAACUGCGCAGGCGCUGCCGAGUACCUGUUGUUGACCGGAUACGACCAUUCUUCCAUGGAAGCCAGCAUUGAGGUUCUCUGUGAUGAUAUAGAAGUAUAUAUUGAUGGUCUCCAAUGUUUCCAAGAGGCAACCACGGAUGUGAAAAAUUGCAUGGAUAAAAUGUCGUCUGGAAUGAUUGAUUUGGCAGCAAGACAAAUCGAGUUUGGAAUGAACCAAACAGCAUUUUUUAAAGAAUAUUGCACCAUUCGGGUUAGCCAUCUCCAGUGCGAUAUGGGUGCAUGGACAAGAAAAUGUUCUCCUGCCAGUGUCGGGCUCAAAAAUGAGUACGAGUGUCGUCUACUUCCAAAAACUUGUCAGAAUGACCAAUCACUACAGAAAACAUUGGCAAAUGAAGCCUGCAGCAUUGACAAUUUCGCGCGUAAACUCAGACAAGUAUCAAGUGCACCAUUCACAAGAGCAACAACAUUUACUAUCAGUAUAACCACGCUAAUCCUGUCGGCCAUUUUUAUGUUGUAAAAUGUUAUCACUAAAACUGUGUCUUUCAUCGUUUGUUAUGAAAAGUGCUUUUGUGCAUAUAAUGUAUAAUAGAUAUAUUUUUUUUACCUUUUGUACAGCUGUAAACAAAAUAAAUUGUAAAGAUUAUAGAAAUCCUGUAUAUGUAAAUUGUGUAGAAUUGUUUCUUAAUGAGGUAUAUUCUGAACAAUCUGACCUCCAAUUUAGUUAUAAUAAUGAAGCACAUGAAAUGUAUAUAUUCUAAACAAAGCACAAUUAUCGCCAGUAAGUAUGCAAUACAAAGAUAAGAUCAUGAUUUUUUAAAAAUUGUCUUUUUAUCAAAUAAAAAAAAAAUGUUUAUAUUUUACGGUAAAUGAUGUGGCGGGAUACUUUAUUUUACAAACGAAAUGUAUGAAAGAAAUGAAUUUUAAACUAGAUUAAAUAAGAAGUUCUACAAAAAGAGUGUAAAAAAGUAAAUUUGAAAUGUAUAAUAGCAUUAGUUUUGACAACAAUAACAUAUAAAAACACAGUUUGCAGCAUAUUGCUUAUGAUAGAGCCAAGGAUGUUGCAAUUAAUAUCAACAUUGCAAAUUUAGAGUUCAAUAUCUUUUUGUUGAAACCCUUUCUCUCAAGCAUAAUAUUUUAAUAAAAUUCAAUAUGAUGUC